UAACGUUCGAGAAGAAAUAAACAAACAUGGCGGAAUCUAGCUUGGCUAUGUACUAUGUUAUUUGCAACAUACCAUCUUCCUUUCGAUCUGCAAAUCUUAGAAACUUUUUUAGCCAAUUCAUAGAAUGCAAUGGUUUCUUGUGUUUCCAUUACCGACAUCGACCGGAGGUUUUAAAGGAGUCCGAGGGCACUCAAGACAACUUGCCAGACCAUAUAACAAUAGACACCGUUAAAGCAGACAAUAGAAACGCAACGUUAAAAAAUGACUGUGCUUCUUCGGCGAAGAACGUAAAGACCUGUUGUUGCGUGGUCUCAGUACCAGCAAGAGAGGCUGACAGAUUGGUAAAAAUGUACGCCGGGAAUCAAUGGAUAGACUCCAAAGGCAACUGGCUUGCAAGGCGUUGUGUGAUAAGAAAAGUAAAAGUAUCUGACACAACAGAUGCGGACACAUUUCCCUACAAGACAAAGUCAGAGCACAGGCGUCGUGUGGCACUAACACAAUGCUUCACAGAGAUGGACCUCAGGGGUUUGCCGGAACUAAACCCGCCUUCUCUUAUGCCUGCUGGAAAUGUGGGUACGACUGUGAAGGUAUUCUUACAGCUCAUCCAGUCAUGCCGGCUGCCUCCGCGUCUCAUACGCAAAUUGGGCCUCACCUUUCCCAAGACCAGCAGUAAUCGUCGCUAUGGUAAUGUGCCCUUCCACUACCACGCUACCAGUGUGGCAUCAUCUUCUGAGGAGAGUGUGUUUACAGCUAGUGGGCAUGAAAUUGCCGGUCCUGGUUGUGUGGUCCCUCCAUCGGUAACCAAGGGGCCUGGUGAGCCUUUACGGGAUCCUGAGACAUCGGAGGACGAGGAGGAUGUCCAGUCAAAUGCAGAUGACGAUGAUGACCGCUGUGAGGAGUGGGAGCGUCACGAAGCCCUGCAUGAAGAUGUCACAAGUCAGGAGCGCAGCAAGGAGCGGCUCUUCGAGGAGGAGAUAGAGCUAAAAUGGGAGAAGGGUGGCUCCGGCUUGGUCUUCUACACCGAUGCCCAGUACUGGCAAGAGGAGGAGGGAGAUUUUGAUGAGCAAACAGCGGAUGAUUGGGAUGUGGACAUGAGCGUUUACUAUGACAAAGAUGGGGGUGACAAGGACUCCCGUGACUAUGUCCGCAUGCGCUAUGAGAAGAGGCUGAGGGAUGGGCUGGCGGAAAGGUCUGGACAGCAAGAUCAGCCAAUUGGAAUCUUUGAGAAGUUCACAAAGGGUGUUGGCCGCCGGGUGAUGGAGAAGCAGGGGUGGAAGGAAGGACAGGGGCUGGGUAACAGUCUGGCAGGGAUUCCCGAGGCACUGGAUAAUGAAGGACAGCAUCCCAAAUGCAAGAGGGGCUUUGGGUACCAUGGAGAGAAGCUGAGCUCCUACUAUGGAAAAAAGGCCAAACCAGACUACCAUAUAUCCACUGUGUAUGAUAAACCCAAACAGAUAGACCAAGGAGAUCCUUUAUUGCGACGCCAUCCCAACACCAGCAUGAAGUACAGAGGCUGGCCAGCCAGGUGGCAGCAUUGGGCCCAAAAACAUAAUUUAUAUUACUGUUCUUCCUAAAUUUUUUCUCUCACAAAUACAUUUUACACUUUAUUCAUAUUAAAGCAUUAUCAUUUUACAAACCAAGGAUUUUGCUUUGUUUCAAAUGUAUUGGAAAUGUAAAUAAACGUAACAUAUUAUCUUAGUUUAUUCAACUACCUGAAUUGUUUUCUUGUACCACUACUUAAGGGAAGUGCUAUCAUUUUUACAUGUUGAACCGGAAGUACAUGUUUAACCGGAUGUUUAUCUUAUUCCAGUAUUUUAUUAGCGAGUAGGCGUCAUGUAUGGCAACAUUAGUUAUUCCGCAGCAACAAUAAGACUUCCAGAUUUUGUCUUCAAAAUAAAGGUCUGCGGUAAAACGCGAUUUUG